AGAAGGAAGCGCGUGCAGUAAAUGGCAAGCUCCUCGUGCGGCUGGAAGACAUCAUUUGAGUUAAAGAAGGGAAAGAGACAAAAUAAUGAGUUAGACUUUUCUUCGUUUUCUUCUUCUACGUUUUUUUUCUAUUCCUGGUGAAAUUUCCAGUUUAAGAUGCAGACAGCGGAGCGGAAAACGUCCAGGACUGUUUAAAAACGCUCUCGUGCAUGACUCUAUUGGAGCUGAAGAUGACGACGACUGCCAUGGACACAAACAACAACAACAACAACACAGGAGGUGUGAUCUCCUACGUGGGCUCCUGUGGAGGCUCCCCACCCCGAACCAGUCCGGUCUCCAUGUACAGCGAGAACUCAAACUCCCAGCCCAGCUUCACCUCCUCAUCCUCGCUGACUCCCUCCUUCCUCAGCAGCGGCUCCAGUUCGGGCUCUGCGGGAGACGAUGGCUCCUCCUCGGCCUCCUCUUCAGCAGGAGGCUCACCUCGCGGGCGGGAUGACGGAGGAUCUCUGAGGGCAUCUCCAAGCAAGUCUGUGGCCAGUCUGACCAAGCUGAAUGGCAUGGUCUUGCUGUGUAAGGUGUGUGGAGAUGUGGCCUCAGGUUUCCAUUACGGAGUUCAUGCAUGUGAAGGCUGCAAGGGUUUCUUCCGUCGCAGCAUCCAGCAGAACAUUCAGUAUAAAAAGUGUCUGAAGAACGAGAGCUGCACCAUCAUGAGGAUCAACAGAAACCGCUGUCAGCAGUGUCGCUUUAAGAAGUGCCUGUCAGUGGGCAUGAGCCGGGAUGCGGUUCGUUUCGGUCGGAUUCCUAAACGUGAGAAGCAGAGGAUGCUGGCUGAGAUGCAGAGCGCCAUGAACAACAUGGUGAACAACCAGCUGCAGAACGACUUCCAGCUCGCCAGCAUCUCCUCCUCCUCAUCCUCCUCCUCCUCUUCCUCUCCAUGCCCGGGUGUCACCAUCGUUCCCCAGCCUCCACCCUCAGCCCUGCCUAUGGCUCCAUCCUCCCCCUCUCCUCCUGCUCCUGCCACCUCCUCCUCACCCCCUCCUCUUCCUCCUCCUCCUCUUCCUCCUCUCCCCUGUCAGAGCCCCUCUCCCUCCUCCUCACCUCCUCCCAGCCCUGGGUUGGACUCCACCAUCAGCGCCAUCGCCCGUGCUCACCGUGAGACCUUCCUUUACGCUCACGACAAGCUGGCCAAUCCACAUGCACCGACUCAGCAGCAGAAUAACCACGCCCACUACAGCAACAAAGAGGCGGAGCACUGGGGAUCCAACAGGUGCCCCAACGGUUACCACGCCAACGGCCUCAAUACUAUCUACCACCAUAACAAUAACCUGGGGACAGGGCGCUACCUGCAGCAGGACAACAGCAGAAACAUCACACAUCAUCACCAUGUCAACGGGAAGAGAGGCCUUCAUAACAGUAAUCUGAUUGGUGGAGAGGGGCCUGAUGACCAGGGGCAGAACUGUCCAAUGAAGAACCGCACAGGGAUAGUGUUGGCCUGUCCGAUGAACAUGCAGCCCUACGCACCCCCUGGUAAAACCCCCCAGAAGAUCUGGGAGGACUUCUCAAUGUCCUUCACCCCUGCUGUCAGGGAGGUGGUGGAGUUCGCCAAACAUAUCCCAGGAUUCAGUUGUCUGUCCCAGAACGACCAGGUCACCCUGCUCAAGGCAGGCACCUUUGAGGUGCUGAUGGUGCGCUUUGCCUCCCUGUUCAAUGUCAAAGAGCAGACAGUGACAUUCAUCUCCGGUGCCACUUACAGCCUGGCAGAGCUGCAGGCGAUGGGGAUGAACGAGCUGCUGGGAGCCAUGUUUGACUUCAGCCACAAACUGGCAGCACUGGAGCUGAACGCCCAGGAGCUGGGACUGUUCACCGCCGUGGUGCUGGUGUCUGCAGACCGGUCUGGUAUCGAGGACGUGGCAUCAGUGGAGCAGCUGCAGGAGAACCUAAUCAGAGCGCUGCGUUCGCUGAUCAUGAAGUCAGCAGUCGACGACGAUCACAACAACCACAAUGUGGACUCGUCCCGCUUCACCAAACUCCUCCUGAAGCUGCCCGACCUGCGGACGCUCAACAACAUGCACUCUGAGAAGCUGCUGUCCUUCCGCAUCGACACCUGAUGACCUCACAGUGAUGUCACAGGUGCCUCUCAGAUAAGACUAACUUACUGUGGUCUGUGAUGGUCAGACAUACUUUUUCAUAUGGUGCUCUCCAUCGUCAUGGCAUCAGAUCGUGAUGUUUUCAUCUCAUUGUAAAGAGUAAAGUGAUGAUGUCGGGCAGGUUAAAGGACCAGUCCAAGAACGCUUGUUUGUCAUCUUACCUACAGACAAUGAUCAGUGGUUUCAUUUUUUUUUUUUUUUAGCAUAGCUUAGCAUAAGCACUGGAAACAGAAGGGAACUGAUAGCCUUUCCCAUGUGAAACCGGAGUGAUUCAACUCUCUUUUUUAAUCUCUUUUUGUUUUAUUAUGGAGCUUUUGGUCAAUGCUCUCAAACUGAACCAUGGAAACAGAGAGUGUCAGUCCUGAUUUGCAUCCUAAAGGAUAAUGGAUAUUUUCUUUUCAUUUUAAACCAGACUUUCUGUUUUAAGUUUUUCAUUUUCAACUUUGACAAUACUUCUAGUGUUUCCCACUCAUAGAUGAUGCUUUGAUGGGCCACCCAGUUAUAUUUACAGACACCCAAGUAUAUAUUUGCGUACCAUUUUUUUCUGCUUCUUCUUUCAUCCAUUUACAGUUAACGCCAAUGUAAUCAAAUGUCAAAAUAAGGGAGAAAAGCGGCUAAAAAGGUGACAAAAGUUAUGUAACUCAGUGCAAAAUAAGGCAGAUUUUGUGUUUGUUCAUUAUUACCGCUGUUAAACAGGAAAUGAAGAUUCUUUUGACUAACCAAUGGACUGAAGUGAGUCUAGCUCCACGCUUUAGGGUUGGGAAGGUACCCUAACAGGGGGAGGCUAGUAUGGAUUAGCUAUUUCUAACAAAUAAUCAUGAACCAAGCCAAAUCGGAAGCACAGCUUAGGUAGCCUGUUUAAUAACAGGAAACAUAACGUUAAUCAGUUUGAUUUUCAUCCUUAUGUUGGAGCUUGGCUAAUCGGUUCUCCCUGCUUUCUGUCUCAGUGCUAAGCUAAGCUAAGCUAAAACAUAUCAGACCAGUCUUUUGUUUUUUGCCCGACGAAAAGAGAAACUGAUCCAAACUGACUUGGAUAACAAGGAUAGUCGGACUCUUCCGGUUCAAAACCCCAUCAGGAGAAAACAUCCAGAACUUCCAGGUACCACAGACUGGCGCUGGUGCUUCACUGAACACCAGCCAAUCAAACGACGGAACAGUAGUGACGGACAGCUCUACUGACCAAUGAGACGAAAGUCAGACAGUACAGCAUACUGCUGUGAGCGUCUAAAAGAACAUUAUGCAGCAGAUCUUCUGUAUAAAAACUGUAAAUAUCCAAUUAUGCUUGAAAUUGUGUUUGAAACACAAAGAAAUAUGAUACAUCUAUAUUUUUGGUUAAUUUGAAUACAUGCCUGUGCAUUUAUUAUGACUGUAAGAGUGAAGGGCACAGACUCUACCUGCAAUGUUUGGAAUGCAACUAAUGGACAUGAGGUAUCUGAUGUUGGUAUUUUAAUCUGUGUUUCAUGUUGUAAACAUUAUAUACUGUAUAUAUAAAUAUAUAUAU